AUGGAGGGUGGACUGGUAGAUGGAGGCCUGAUACGGGUGCUGCUUGUGGGCUGCCUUCACUGCACCAUCUUUGCAAAAGAUAUCGUCCUGGCUGGUGCGGUCACCCUUCACGAUACAAAGCAAUGUGAGACCUGGGAUCUGGGCUCCAACUUCUUCAUCCGUAAAGAUGACGUGUUGAGCCAGGAGGAGGAGGUAAACAUCACACUCUUUCCUGCGAUCCACAUGUGGUGGAGGCGGGGUGUGCCCCCGGGUCGCAGAGUGAACCCGUACGUCCAUGUUGAUAUGUCUUCCUGCUUGGAUGACAACACUGAUCUCAGCUUUCUCAGAAAGUAUCAGUGUGUGAUUUUGACCGAAGCCAGAUUGAGCCUACAGAAGAGAGUCAAUGAGUUCUGUCACUCGCAGCUACCCCCCAUCAGAUUCAUUGGCUGUGACGCGUACGGCAUCUGUCUGCGAGUGUUUUGUGAUUUUGGAGAAGAGUUCGAGGUGUCGGAUCCCACCGGAGAGGAGCCCAAGGAGAUUUUCAUCCAGACUGUCACUCAGGACAAUCCUGGGGUGGUAACCUGCAUGGACAACCAACCACAUGGCCUGCAGACAGGCCAGAGCGUCGUCUUCAGAGAGGUCAACGGCAUGGUGGAACUCAACGGCACCGCGCAGCAGGUUUCAGUCCUCUCCCCUCACAGUUUUGCAAUAGGAGACACGUCCCAACUCCAACCAUAUGCACAUGGAGGUUUCUUUGUUCUGGUGAAAACCCCCAAGACGUACAAUUUUGAGACGAUGGAGAGACAGUUGUGUGAUCCUCAGGUCUUGACCCCAGACUUGAGUAAACCAGAGGCCCCGCUACAGAUCCACGCCGCCAUGCUGGCUCUGGACGCCUUCCAGGAGCAGCACAGUAGACUUCCUAACAUUGGGUGUUUACAGGAUGCUGAGGUUUUACUGAAGCUAACCGAAGAAGUGAAUGCAACUCUCAGGAACAAAGCUUCUGUGAAUACCGAGUUGGUGCGCUGUCUGUCGAGAACGGCGAGGGGAACUCUUCCCCCGUUAGCAGCAGCUGUAGGAGGUCUAGCCAGCCAGGAAGUUCUUAAGGCCAUCACAGGGAAGUUUGCACCACUGCAGCAAUGGUUUUAUCUCGAUGCCAUCGAGGUCGUCAGGCCGCUUCAGUCUGUUCCUGCUGAGGAGUUUCUCCCAAGGGGCGAUCGCUACGACGGACUGCGAGCUUGUAUCGGUGAAUCGAUGUGUCUAGAACUGCACAAGCUCAGGGUCUUCAUGGUGGGCUGCGGUGCCAUAGGCUGCGAGAUGCUGAAAAACUUUGCCCUGCUUGGAGUGGGAUUGGCCAGUAGUUCAGGAGAGGUGUGCAUCACAGACCCAGACCUUAUAGAAAAGUCCAACCUCAAUCGUCAGUUUCUCUUCAGACCGCAUCAUAUACAGAAACCGAAGAGUACAACGGCAGCAGAAGCCACUCGUGAUAUCAACCCCGACCUUCAGGUGGACGCUCACCUCAACAAGGUGUGUCCAGCCACUGAGAGCAUCUACAAUGACUCCUUCUACUCCCGACUGAACCUGGUGGUCACCGCGCUGGACAACGUGGAGGCUCGGAGAUACGUAGACAGCCGCUGUUUAUCCAAUCAGAGACCCCUCCUGGACUCUGGCACCAUGGGAACUAAAGGACACACAGAAAUCAUUGUGCCAAAUCUGACAGAGUCUUACAAUAGCCAUAGGGACCCCCCAGAAGAGGAGAUCCCAUUCUGCACUCUCAAGUCUUUCCCUUCUGUUAUAGAGCACACCAUUCAGUGGGCCAGAGACAAAUUUGAGAAUGCGUUUGUCCACAAGCCCUCCAUGUACAACUCGUUCUGGCAGACCCACCCCUCGGCUGAAGUGGUGCUGCAGAGGAUGCAGGCAGGGGAAAGUCUGGAGGGGUCAUUCCAGGUCAUUAAGCUGCUGAGCAGACGGCCGAGCCACUGGGAACAGUGCAUCGCGGGCGCCCGUCUGAAAUUUGAAAAGUAUUUCAAGAGAAAGGCACUACAACUCUUGCACUCUUUCCCGCUGGACACGAGGUUAAAAGAUGGAAGUUUGUUUUGGCAGUCCCCAAAAAGACCUCCAACACCUUUAGAUUUUGACUUGAAAGACUCUUUGCACUUCACUUUCAUUGUCAGCACUGCCCGGCUCUUCGCAGGGAUUUAUAAUAUCCCUUAUUCAGAAAAAGAUCUCUCCGAAGAGGUGGUGACCAGGAUUCUCUCCGAUGUCAAGAUUCCCGAGUACAGGCCCUCACAGAAAUGUAUAGAGACGGACGAGACGGCGAGGAAGCCAGAUCAGAUAAAGAUGCCUCUGAGCAGCGAAGAGGAGAGGGAGGCCAUCACACAGCUGGAGCAGGCCAUUGCUACUGACGGCGUCACAGCAGAGAGGUUACAGUUGAGUCCGCUGCAGUUCGAAAAGGACGACGACAGCAACGGCCACAUGGACUUUGUGGCGUCGGCGUCUGCUCUGAGAGCCAUGAUGUACUCCAUCGAGCCGGCCGACAGACUCAAGACCAAGCGCAUCGCCGGCAAGAUCAUCCCCGCUAUCGCCACGGCAACAGCUGCUGUGGCCGGACUGGUGGCCCUCGAGUUGAUCAAGGUGGUCGGAGCUUACGAGUUUGAGUCUUUCAAAAACUGCUUCUUUAACCUGGCCAUCCCUGUGGUGGUGCUCACUGAGCCUGCUGCAGUUAAAAGGACGCUCAUCAGGGACAACAUCUUCUUCUCCAUCUGGGACUGUUGGACUAUCUUUGGCCAUGAAGACUUCACUCUGUCCGACUUCAUGAACGCAGUGAGGGAAAAAUAUGGGAUUGAACCCACGAUGGUCGUCCAUGGUGUGAAGAUGCUCUAUGUGCCUGUGAUGCCCGGACAUUCAAAGAGACUGAAAUUAACGAUGCAGAAACUGAUCAAGCCAUCGGUGGACCGCCGCUACGUCGACCUAACCGUGUCAUUUGCGCCGGAGGCAGACGGAGACGACGACCUACCCGGUCCUCCGGUCAGGUACUACUUCAGCCGCAACGGAGAGACGCCCUGACACGUUCCUAGAUGUCGUCCUCAAACCUCAUGUGUCCUUACUUCACUUCUUUCAUGUAAAUUGUUGUACCCCGAUAAUCCGGGCCAGGGCCAAGAGCUUUCCCUUGGGGAGUUAUCCGAUAAGGGCAAAAAGCUCCUGGCCCCAAGCCCGAGCCCCCCGUACUUCAGAGCAGAUCUAGCCAGUGGAACACGAGGCUGCUUGAGUAGCACUUAACUGUACCUGUGUACAUAUUUUCUUUGUUCUGUUUUCUACUCCGGUGAAAUGCACAGCUCUGCCUGUGUCGAUGCCUUAAUUGAUUAAUAAUCUUUUUUUUUUUUUUUUUGUUUGUGGCAGUGAGUCUGACUAAAACUAUGUUUACAGAAAACUGCAUUCACCCAACACACGGCCCCGUUUUAGUCUCAUUUCUGUUUUUAAAAGUCUGCUAGGCCCUAAAAGAGUGAAAGGGGGUGAUGGUGGUAGGACAGUUGAUGUCGUUUCGGAGUUGGCGUCACAUCUUCCUCUUCCUCAGAGUCGUCUCAUUGGCUUUGAAACUAUUGCCAACCACAGAAUUUGCCAGUUGUUGUUGUCGUCGUCAUCUCCCCUUUGUAGAAACCGGUCACGCCAAUAUUUGUUGUAUGAUUUUCAGAGGUGCAAGAAGGUCAGUGGAUAACGGCGUAAAAAAAAAAAACCCACCAAAGAUUCUGAUUAUCAUUGUGUCCGCAGAUGAUUGUUCUCUUCUCAUGAUCACUUCGACUGCCUCAUAAAAAACACACUUCUAUCACGUUACAGAGCGACACGCGCGUUCGUCGACGCUUUGGGGGGCGGAUAUAUCACUGACAAGCGUCAUUUUAUCACAUCGCUCCAGAGUCGGUUGACGCAGCAUUCGCGUGUUGCACUCAUUGUAGCUGCUUAGUCGUACCUGGCUCCGUAAAUACUAAAAGGUAAUGACGGCAUUGACACCAGUUAGCACUUUGGGUAAACGAUAAUGUUCCUCAUUAUGUAACGGCAUGAGUUCAGCGGCUGUUUGACACAUAGAAAAAGCCUUUUUUUUUUUUUUUACAUCUGUACCAACAUCUGGGAUCACACUCCUAUUUUAAACCAUCAUUUUUCUUUUUUUUAAAAAAGUCUUUGCUGUUCAUGAUCUAUUUGUUGUAUUUGUUUAUGGAUGUGUGUCUGUGACAUGUAUUUAUUUACUUGUUACUCAUUAUUUUUUUGUGUCAAACUGAGCCUGUGUUGAUGAGCUCUGUUGAGUCACGGUGCACUGGUUAAUCGUUAAAUCAAUAAUGAACACGAGUCAUCCUAAAAAAAGGUUUAUCCAGGGGUGUAUAAAUUGGCCGUAUUUAGUUCCAGUUGAACGUUGUGAAAAGGGUCUGUAAGAUACUCUGCGUUGGCUUAAAUUGGCAAUAAAGUCGAUGUGAAUCAUUUAAAAAUCUCAACUUUUGUAUCGAGGUUAUCGAGAUCCACCCGCAGUGCACGAACAGGUCGCCUGUGUCCUCAAAAACGACUGAGACUAAAGUCACAAAAUGCUUCCUGGACCACAUUUAUUUUUCCUCCCUCUCUCCCGCGUAACCAGUUGAGGUUUGCACAGAAAAAAAAAAACGUCGAUCAUACGGACAACACUUCUCGUGCAGUGAAUGUCAUAAGUGUAAAACAAAAACAGUGUUAACGAAUGAUGAUGAAGAUGAUGAUGUAUGUUCUUGUGACAGACAACCAAUCAACCAAUGGUCCAAUAAAAAUGUGAGAUUUCA